AUGGAAGAUGCGAUUGAUGAAUUUGGUGACAAAGAAGAUAGACAAAAAGUUGGUGAUGCUCUUGUUCGAAUUAUAUAUGAUGAUAAAUUUCCGGAUUUCAUCCUCAAAUUUGAUUCGAAACGUGAUAAGUCUACAGAUCAUACUGAUACGAUCAUAGAAAUGUCAAAAGAAAAUCUAUGCAUUCGCUUAUUUGUUGAACAUGAGACUGACUCCAGUAAAAAUGUUACAUAUGUUAAAAUAUGGACACCUUUUAUGAAACAAUGUGAAGCUGCAGAAGAAAUACGUAUUAAAAAGGAAUUAGCUAUUAUCUUUCUUCCAAACGGAUCAAUUGGAAAAAUACAAAGGCGCAUAUGGAUGCAAAAAGCACAGCGAUAUUGCUUUACAUUUUUGGAGCAGCUCAAACCGCAACUUAUUGUCACUGCAAAUAUAAUUAUACCUGAAGUAAAUGAUCAAAAAGUAUUACAAACAGUACGUCUGAGGUCCUUUGGUUUUGAAAAUUUAAUAGAAGAAAAAGUAUAUACUACUUUUUAUCCUCUACACGAUGGGAAAGCAGACGAUAAGAAAAAGGAAAAUUUAAGAGCCAAACUUUAUGGUAUUUGGAUUAAAAAAAGUAGAAAAAGACAACCUUUAAAUGAAAUUAGAGAAUAUUUUGGUGAAAAAUUAGCAAUGUACUUCGCAUGGCUUGGUCUAUAUACCUCAUGGUUGUUUGUAGCAUCUGUUCUUGGAAUUAUCAACGUUAUCUACGGUAUUAUUGAUUUCGUAACAUGCUCGUCGCAAUUACAACAAUUGGAGCUCUUGCUAUUUUCAAGAGAAUGGUUUAAAAAUUUUGACGGUUGGGGUAGCUUUUUAUCGAGCACUACUAAUUUAGGCAUAGUCCUUACCCUAAGUCUGUUUUACAGAAAAUUAGCUAUAAAACUCACUAAUUUGGAGAACCAUAAAACUGCAACAAGUUUUGAAGAUUCUCAUAUUUUAAAAGUCUAUCUUUUCGAUUUUGUAAACUUUUAUGCUGCGCUUUUUUACAUUUUAAUAUUUAAACAAUGGCUUCCUAAGAAAAUAUUUCAUGACAAUGCACGUGUACAUGUAUGUGAAAAUGACGAUUGCAUGAGAGAACUUACUAUACAACUCGCUGUUAUUCUUAUUGGCAGACAAGCUGUAGGUCAAUUGCAAGAACUUGGAUUACCGGAUAAAACUUCUAAAAAAGAAUUGAAUGAAGACAUCAAUGUCGUGGAGGAGCCAUCCUCUAAAAAAGAAUUGGAUGAAGAAAUCAAUGUCGUGGAGGAGUCAGCUUCUAAAAAAAGGAUGAACGAAGAAAUAAAAGAUGUGGAAAAAGAACUGAAUGAAAAAAUCAAAGUUGGGAAGGAGUCAACUUCAUAUCCAUGGAUUAUAGACAAUGAUUUAUUGCCAACUGAAAAUGAUGAUAUCAGAAAAGAAUAUGAGAGAAUGACUGUUCAAUUUGGCUUUAUUUCUCUUUUUGUUGUUGCUUUUCCUCUAACACCAUUAUGUGCUUGGUUUAAUAAUAUAGUUGAGAUUCGAACGGAUGGUUUUAAGUUUGUUGGAAAUGAUGAGAAGUCUUUGCUUAUUGUUCGUUUAGCAUUUAUUUUAGCAUUUGAGAAUCUUGUACUUCUCGUCAAAGUUUUAUCUGCAUAUAUUAUACCAGAUAUGCCAGACUCCGUAAAAUUGGCGAUAAAACGCCAUGAGUAUUUAGAAAGAGUAGCUAUCGCAAAAAGAGAUCUCGCCACCGAUGAGUACCUUGAGGAUAACGAUAAACAAUCGGUCAAGCUGACCAAAUAUUUAAAAUUCUCUAAAGAACGAAUAGAAACUUAUAAGAUCAUAGAUAAAGAUAUCGAUUAG